AUGCCGCAACUCAUGGAACAAGACGUAGUUAUCCACUUACGGUGAAUGAAUGUAGCCAGAAGCACUUUUUCCUACCCUCCCCACCAGGGAAGAAGAAACAUUGGAACAAGGGGAACAUGAAGAUCUGCAUCAGGAUCUGCUGCCCCCGUGCAUCCUGCCACCUGAGGAGGUCAACGCAUCUUGCCUCAUGAGCGGGCCGGUUCUGGUACUGUACACAGAGGCAGUUCAUAGCGAUUCCAUUUAAAUAUCACGGUGGAUCACUUUUGGCUGGCAUAUGCUGCAUGAACUUGCCCGAACCAUUUUAAAUCCAUCUAAAGAGUGUAGCCAUCUCCACAUCUUGUGGCAAGUUAAGUACUUUGUAAAGAACUGCUUCCUUCUUGCAUGUAUCAUCCUGAAUCUGCUGCUGAUCGGAGUCAUUGCAUAUCUCUGAUUUAUAGUAUUAUGAGGGGGAGAGGGAAAAAAUACAGCAUAUGUCCCAAUACAAAGAAGCCCACCACCAUACUCUCUGGUCAGUUCCAACUCCUUUUCUCUUUUUCUUCCUUCUGGCCAUUUGUUUCUUUUCUGCCACUUUCAUGGCUCCAUGAUAUACUUUCAUUGAGCUCUGGUAUCCAUACAAAGUAUUCCAAACAUUGCUGUACGAUUGCUGUAUAUAAUGGCAUUACAGCAACAGGAGAUUUAAAAUGGACAGUACUCAAAAUGAGCUAAAGUUCUUGCGGUAUAAAUGAAUGCAGAAAAGAACAUUUAGGGAUUAAAAUCAUUCUGUCCUUUCAGUGGAUAAAUUUGGUGGAUUUCGUUGUGGCAUUAACGGUUAUGAAUUUUAAAGAUUGUACAUCGCUUUGUGUGGUGAUUGUUCCAAAAAGCAGCAUCUUAAACAAGUAAAUGACUUCCUGAUUUGGGGGGGGCGGUUCAUGAGAACAGCAUUCUGAAUUAUAUUUUCUUAAAUGAAAUAUUUGUUGUAUGUAUCUUGUGGAAAUUACAUUGCAAUUUUAAACCUUUUUUUGUAUAAUCUGUAUAAAAUCUAUCCCUACUGAUUUGAAGUGACUGAAACUGGCUGCUGAAAUAUUUUGGAAACUUUGUGUCUGAACCAGAAUUGAAAGAGCAGGUUUCAUUUUCUUUCUUUCUUUAAUGCUGAUGAACCUAAAUUAAAACAGAAUUUUUAAAAAAUUCCCCCAUGGGGACAUUUUGCUACGCGUAGCGCUAGUUCUGUCAUUAUGAGUUGGAUCCUUUGGCAACUCUGCAGGAAGCACCUUGCUGCUAAUAAUGUGGCCUUGGAGUGACAUCAAGUGUUGAAAUGUGGCACUGCUCUCUGUUGACGUUAUUGUUUGCAGUCAUAAAUAGUGCAGCAGGGCCAAAUUGGGAAGUGGCAAUUUAAGGAACAUUUCCAAACGCAAAGACAGAAAUUGGCAGAUACCCGUUCAGCAAUAUUUCAUGCUCCUGAAUUAACAGAAUGUAAAACCAUUACAUCACCUUGCCGACAAAGGUCCGUAUAGUUAAAGCUAUGGUUUUCCCAGUAGUGAUGUAUGGAAGUGAGAGCUGGACCAUAAAGAAGGCUGAUCGCCGAAGAAUUGAUGCUUUUGAAUUCUGGUGCUGGAGGAGACUCUUGAGAGUCCCAUGGACGGCAAGAAGAUCAAACCUAUCCAUUCUGAAGGAAAUCAGCCCUGAGUGCUCACUGGAAGGACAAAUCGUGAAGCUGAGGCUCCAAUACUUUGGCCACCUCAUGAGAAGAGAAGACUCCCUGGAAAAGACCCUGAUGUUGGGAAAGAUGGAGGGCACAAAGAGAAGGGGAUGACAGAGGACGAGAUGGUUGGACAGUGUUCUCAAAGCUACCAGCAUGAGUUUGACCAAACUGCGGGAGGCAGUGGAAGACAGGAGUGCCUGGCGUGCUCGGAAACGUACUGGGACCCAAUGCAGGUCUUUCAGGUCCAGUGUUAUAUGGUCUUAGUGGCCACUCCCAGUCACCAGUCUGGCUGCCGCAUUCUGGAUUAGUUGUAGUUUCCGGGUCACCUUCAAGGGUAGCCCCAUGUAGAGCGCAUUGCAGUAGUCCAAGCGGGAGAUAACUAGAGCAUGCACCACUGUGGCGAGACAGUCCGCGGGCAGGGAGGGUCUCAGCCUGCGUACCAGAUGGUGCUGAUAGACAGCUGCCCUGGAUGCGGAAUUAACCUGCGCCUCCAUGGACAGCUGUGAGUCCGAAAUAACUUCCAGGCUGCACACCUGCUUCUUCAAGGGCACAGUUGCCCCAUUCAGUAGUCCCCCACACCCACCCGCCCCCUAUCCCCCAAAAACAGUACUUCUGUCUUGUCAGUAUUCAACCUCAAUCCGUUAGCCACCAUCCUUCAGAUGUCUUCUAAAGCUUGCAUAGUUACUUAUCUCUUUGGCUCAGGGGUUGCAUAACUCCACACCCUCCAAUUUUUCUCCAGGGAAAAUAGGGAUGGAAAUAGGGACAUUCUGAGAUCAAAUCAGAAACCGGGAUGACUUCUGCGAAUCUGUGACUGAUCCUCAAAAAUAGGGACACAUGGAGGGUUUGCAGCUAGUGAGUAUAUUUUGCAAAAUUAUAUUUUAAAAAUCUAAACUAAAAUACAUUUUCUUUGAUUUGCUGAAAACCUAAAAUUCCUCCUGUUUGCCCAGUGUGGUUUUUCUGCACACUUAGUAAGCACACCCACUGACGCAAUGCUCCUCUGUCAUUGUCGACCUUUGCCAGGUCUUUAUUCUCCAUAAGGUACUGAAUGGCCACUCGGUGCGCGGCUGAGCAGCAGAAACGAGCAGAACUUUUUUUUGUGGUGGGGUGAAAGAUUUCUGCCUCUUUUACUUGGUCUGCUAUGUUCAGCUCUUCUAAUUGUUCUUUGCUGAGUUCCUUCUCCUUUCUCAUGGCGUAUUUUGCAUUGAUUUACUGGAUUGAUUUAUUCACAUGUGCCCAUCCAAUUUGAACUCGCAAUAUAUACGCUAGCAGCCCACUAGGAAGGCGCACACUGGCUCUGACAGAAGAAGGAGCGAGUGAGUCUUCCAAAGCUACCAGGAAGUCUCCUAUUCGGAUGCGAGUGAUCAGUCUGCAUUUCUAAGUCUAUGCGCAGUGAUGCUAAUCUGGACCACAUCGUCCUCCUCCUCCCACUUUGGGAUGAAGGAGGAUUCGGAACCACGUGAUUCUUUCAACAUCUCUACGCGGGAGCGGGCGGAGGAGGCGCGCAGGUCGCCCGGCGGACGGACAGACAGACAGACAGACCUACAGGCAGGCACGCCCCUAGUGAGUGUUUCCAGAAGCCCUUUACUUUAGCUGCUUGUCGUCGUUUUUUGCGCCGCCUCCUGAGCAUGUGCAGAGUGCAUUCACCCUCCGGCGGAGAGUCCCCUGCUGCUCUCCCGGCAGCGUCGGUGCCGGGGCUGUUUUGCGCCCUAGGCGAAGCUAAAUACUUGCGCGCGCGCGCACCCAAAACGCCCCCCUCCCCUGCUAACUUCGGUUUUCAAAAGCCUUACAGGGUGGUGGGGGGGAGAGGGAAUGAAAACUUGAAGCUGCAAAGUUUAUUUUAAAUGGCAAGAAAAAGCAGCGCCUCGAUCUUAAAUUGCCUUUCUCAAACGCGAAAGAAAACUAGUUUGUCUAAAACUGUGCCCUACUUGGCCUAAUGAUGGCACCCUAAUGAUGGCCUGCCCCAUCCUGCCUGGGCGAAGGAUGCUCAUAGGCUGCUCAGACACCCUUUCCAAAUUAUUACAAAAGCACACACAUCUAUUUGGCAGUUACUAAUAUUAUGAUAAUUAAUUGUGUGUGUGUGUGCUUUUGUAACAGACUGCAGAAAUAUCCAGCUUCUUUAUGGUCCUGCUUGCCUUCAUAUUUGUAAAUUGGUCCUCUUUUAGUUCCUUUUCAGGGCAGCCUGACAUGCAGAAACGGAGUUGGUGAGAACCUUUCUCUCCACCCCCACCCCCCUGCCCCCAUGACUUCACUGCCAUGCUAGGGAAAGUAUUCUAUGGCACUCUUUACAACGCAGGACACAAAAUCCUUCUUACCAUUGUGGUACUUGCACAUGGUUUUAGUUAAACGCCAUUUAUUCGUAUCAAUGCGCUUACUCCCCCGGUACUCCUUCCUUUCCAUUGGAUAUUCUUGCCGCCGUGCGCCAAGACAGAUCAUUGUCGUUAUUCCAGAACAUCUGGAAUGCAAAUGAUUACGUAUGGAGCCUUUGACAGCUCUAAUCACAUCAUCCCGAUACGAGCCCAGCAAAAACAAAUGCUUGAAUGUGCUAUUCCUACCUCGCAGUUCUGUCCCUGAAACAUUUUCAUCUAUAGCUAAAUCAAUUGCAGGUGGGACUGAGACUCCAGUGCGGAGGGGGUUUAUGUAAUGUUUACCUGAUGAAAAUCACACACCAAGUACUAUUGGUGUCCGUAGUGGGGGUGAGGGGGGUGCUUUUCAACAGGAGACUGGGAAAAGAUUGUAUUCCUAGACACACAUGUAUACCUGAAGAAGCGUCUCUACCCCCAUCGUUCAGCCCAGACACUGAGGUCCAGCUCCAAGGGCCUUCUGGCGGUUCCCUCACUGCGAGAAGUAAGGUUACAGGGAACCAGGCAGAGCCUUCUUGGUAGUGGCACCCGCCUGUGGAACGCCCUCCCAUCAUAUGUCAAGGAAAUAAACAACUAUCUGACUUUUAGAAGACAUCGGAAAGCAGCCCUGUUUAGGGAAGUUUUUAAUGUUUGAUGUUUUAUCGUGUUUUUAAUAUUCUGCUGGGAGCUGCUCAGAGUGGCUGAGGAAACCCAGCCAGAUGGGCAGGGUAGAAAUAAUAAAUUAUUAUUAUUAUUGCAUGCAGUGGGGCAUGAUCCUGAUCAUGACUCCUGGUGGCUUAAGAGAGAAAACCCACCUGGUAUGCUAAAUGCACUCAUGCAUUGAGCAUGCAGAAUUUGGCUCUAAGCUGAGUUCUUGGCUGGAAUAUUCCACUUCUCCUUCACCUGAGGCCGUGGCUCAAAAUCAGUAGCUUCCCCAGGGAAGAACUGCUGGGACCUGUGAUUUUUCUUGACACAUUUCAGAUUUUGUACAGUACAAAAUCAUCUGAGUGGUGCCUUGAUCUGGCAGAGGGAGCACGUCUCGUAUUUUGGCCUGCAAAUUCAGCAUUAUGCAUUGGAGCUUGUGUCGGUUUGCACUUUGGAAUUUUUUUUGUGUGUGUGUGUGUUUUCUCUUCCCCAGCACCCACUCCUCAAAGGAAAUGCAGCCGGAGAGAAUAAUCCAAGAUAGUUUGUCAGUCUUCAUCCAGAAUCAUAUCCCGGGUGCUGACUUGAGGUAUGUUUUAUCUCACUUUGGGUCUAGGACAGCCAUACAGAAGCGUGUCAUGUUUUCCAUGCGAAAUCACUGUGUGGAUUUUCAUCAGCGGUGUGUCGCAACUGCGUUAUAGAGUGGGCUGGCAUCUACUAGCCUUUGUGUCUCUGGGACCUCUAUGGUGAUAUUUCAGUUCCAAAUCCAGUUUACGGAAGCCAAGUUCCUAAACUGAAACUGCAUGGCGCGGCCUUCACGGUGCCUGUUGUCCAACUGUAGGAUUUCCUUCUUCUGAAACCACAAACCUUACAUAAUGAGUAUUUUUAGUUACUGUACUGGAGCAAAGCCAAAAUUGGCUUGCUGUAGCACUGUGGGGAUUCGAUAUGUUUUGUUUUUGUAGAAAAUUAGAGUGAUGGAGUGUAUAAUUUUAACAAGUUGUUAUGGCUGAGUAAGCUGGAUGUGUAAACAAAUUAAUUUAUGGGUGCAACCUCGUUUUCUCCUUUCCUUUCCCCCUUUUCUCUGAUGCUUUUCAAAGAGGGUCUUAUUCACAGUAUUAGAAUGUCAUCAUGGCUUAUUGAUCCUCCUACUUCCAUAGGUAAAGGGACACAGUGGAGCUGGGGGUUAAACCACAGAGCCUAGGACUUGCCAAUCAGAAGGUUGGCAGUUCGAAUCCCCGCGAGGGGGUGAGCUUCCGUUGCUCGGUCCCUGCUCCUGCCAACCUAGCAGUUCAAAAGCACCUCAAAGUGCAAGUAGAUACCUCUGGCAGGAAGGUAAACGGUGUUUCCGUGCCCUGCUCUGGUUUGCCAGAAGUCGCUUAGUCAUACUGGCCACAUGACCCGGAAGCUGCACGCCGGCUCCCUCGGCCAAUAAAGCAAGAUGAGCGUCGCAACCCCAGAGUCAGUCACGACUGGACCUAAUCGUCAAGGGUCCCUUUACCUUUACCUUACUUCCAUAGGUACUCCUCAGUCUUUAUUUAGUUGUACUCAUAGAUGUCAGAUGAUAUCGUCAUUAAUGGUGAAUGUAACAUUUAAUUAAUAAUUUGUUAAUUGCUAUGAUUGCCUACAGUAGAGAAAUAAUUGCAUAAUUGUUAAAUGUCUCGUGGGAGAAGCUUAAGUGUCAAAAUAAUUAUCUGCUCCCCUCUCUAUUCUUCACCAGUAAGCUUUCCUUCUGUCUAUAGCUUACCUGGCACGCUGGACUUCAGGAAAGGUCAGACUCUUUCCUUUAAAAAAUGAAAAAUCCUAAUUUUAUAGACACACAAAUUAUGGCAAACCCAGUAUUUUACAUAAACGGCGUAACUGUACAUUUCUGAGCCAACCUUCAUGUGGAAAUAGUAUCCCUCAGCUUCCAUUUCUAUGAACUGUAAAUAAUCAUUGAUGUGGAUAUUUUAAAUAGUUAUUUUUAAAAGUUUCAUUCUUGGGGCAGUAGAGCAGGGGAGCAGGCAGCAAAUGUUGAAUUAUUCUAGAGGCUGAAGAGAUUGUUGAAGAUGGAUUUCCAGUUUUAAUUUCUGGCUUUGCCUUUGAAUCAAAGGUUUUCUUAAAAAAUAAAAAAAUACGUUCCUGGCUGCAGCAAAAGCUUUUCCAUAGGGACUUAAUAGGCUGCCACAUAGUAUUAGUCAAUCUUGCUCAGUAUUGUCUAGGCCAGGAUUUUACAAACUUGGGUUUCCCGCUAUUUAUGGACUCCAAAUCCCAUCAUCCCUGACCACUGGUCCAGCUAUCUAGGGGUGAUGGGAGUUGUGGUCCAAAAACAGCUGGAGACCCAACUUUGGGAAACCUUGGUCUACGCUGACUCAGACAGGUUUCGUUCUCAGUCCUCUCUGGAGAUACCUGGCCAAUGGUGAAGAGUUUAGAGCAGGGCUGGAAGAUCUGUAGCCCUCCAGAUAUUGUUGCAAUUCAGCUCCCAUCAUCCCUCACGAUACGAUACGAUACGAUAUCUUUAUUGUCAUUGUCCCUUGCGGAACAAUGAAAUUGAAAACUACAUAAAACUACAUUAAAACUACAUAAAACUACCACAAAACUACAUAAAACUACAUAAAAGCUACAUAAAACUACUACAAAACUACAUAAGACAUUCAAAAACCCCUAAAAACUCUAAAACCCCAUUUUAAAAAACACUAUACUACAGAGACCCCUUAUGCUGCAUUUAGAACCAGAAUUGCAUUAGCGUAGAAACUGUUUUUCAGGCGGCUAGUCCUGGCCUUUAUAACCCUAUACCUUCUUCCAGAAGGCAGAAGCUGAAAGAGAUCAUUUCCGGGCUGCAUACUAUCAUGUGCUAUCUCUGCCACUUUCUUAUGGCACCUGGCAGCAUAGAUUUGAUCUAAGGUGGGAAGAGUGCACCCAAUAAUUCUCUCUGCAGUCUUUACAACCCUGGAUAGCAUUGUUUUUUCCCUGGCCGUGCAGCUCCCAAACCACACGCACAGACCAUAAGUUAGUACGCUCUCCACAGUGCAAUGGUAGAAUGCCAUCAACAGACAUUUGGCCAAUCUGACUAGGGUGGGGAGAAAACUGCACAGUGUUCAUUGAAUAGUGACUUAACAAAGCACAUUGUUCACAAGAUUCAAAAUGUUUGGGUCGCUGCAACAACAUAGCAAAAAGGACUGCCAAUAUUUUUUAUUGUUCCGUUCAUGGCUUUUUAACAUAAACAUGUUUUAUAAAGCUGAUUGGGGAAGAAAUCUAAAGGAAACAUUAACUGCAGUUCACCUUAAGGAAUCAGGUGGCUUUUAUCCAACAGGGUGUGAUAAACAAGCAAAUGGAACUUGUCCGGUUUCUAUAACCUUUUUGUUUUCCUUUCCUUUCCCCACCCCCCAGUGGUCUGGAUGACAUUGUUUUCUCCUACAUGGCAAGUGUCCUGGAAGGGCUUGGGUCCCAUGAGUCAUUUGAAGAGAAUUUUGACAUGGACACCUUUAUGGAAAUGAUGGGAGCGUACGUCCCUGGCUUUGCGGAAAUCAACAGGUAAAUGUUACUGCUUUUAAAAGAUGUGAUCACACCUGAGCUCAGUGAGUGAGCUCUUCUGAUAUGUGCUGCCUAGGCCAUACCUGUCAGAGUCUUGCUCUGCUGUCGUCAACAUUUGCAUCUCCUUCUGCUCGUAUUUGCUAGAUUUCAGUGGUGGAGAAUUUCGGCUUAUUAAUUUUACAGCAAGUGUCAAUCUUUUGUUUCCAACUUUGUCCCUGGUUAAUUUGGAGACAAAUUAGAUAAUAGGCAGGUCAUCCCUACAAAGGUCUCCUGCCUUCAAGUUUCUGAACUUGUGUUCUAACUUUCGGGGGGGGGGGUUACUGAACUUCCUUUUUUAAAAAAAUCAUUUUUAUUUGAUUUUACAGAUACAAAUUUAUAACAUCCAAAUGCAUAUCCAUAUAUAGAGAUUACUCUGAAUCUCAAGACUUCUUCCCCAUCCCCUCCAUAGGUCCUCUUGUCAACAUUUACAACUGCAUAUUAUUCCAUAUUCUAGAUUUUAAAUCAAUCCAUAUUAUCCAUGGUAUUUGUUACAAACAAGUUGGUUUCAAAUCCUGCUAAUGUUUCCAUCUUCUUGCAGUGGUCUCCUAUAUAAGUUAUAAUUUUCCCCCAUUUUUUGAAAGUUUUUGUCCUCUUGGUUCCUGAGUUUUCCAGUCAGCUUUACCAUUUUAGCGUAGUUCAUCAGUUUAGCCUGCCAUUCCUCUCUGGUAGGGAGUUUGUCUUCUUUCCAUCAGGAAUUAUUGAACUUCCAUGCCUUAUGAACUCAUGUCUUAAUAGGAGGUCUCACGUAAUCCAAUCAUCAUCGUAUAGUCCUUCUAGGUUUUCCCAUCACUACUUCAGUCCUGCAGAUUUCAAACAUUGGGCUCUGAACAAAGCAUUUUGACUGAUGUUAUUCAGAAUGAUCAUGUGGCUGCAAAUUAUAUUGGUCUGCAUUCCUUUGCCAUUUUGGAAUGUUUGGCGAUGAAUAGAGUCUCCUUGGCGUUUGCUCUCCUUACCUGUGUCUCCGCUUGUGGCGAUCACACAGGAUCCCUGGACAUUUGACAGUCUAUUGAUCCCUGUGCCACCACUGUGCUCGCUUCCCCACUGCCACCAACCCGUUACUCUUGGGUACACACUGAGUCCAGACAGUUGUUAACAUUAAACCAAAUAAACAAGUUUAUUUAUAAGCAUUAACAAGUUUAUGGUUUCCCUUCACGGCCUAGGACCCUCAUACCUACAGGACUGCCUCUCCCGGUAUGCCCCACGGAGGACCUUAAGGUCCAUAUACAGUGGUGCCUCGCAAGACGAAAUUAAUCCGUUCCGCGAGUCUCUUCGUCUAGCGGUUUUUUCGUCUUGCGAAGCAACCCUAUUAGGGGCUUAGCAGCUUAGCGCUAUUAGCGGUUUAGCGGCUAUUAAAGGCUUAGCGGCUUAGCGGCUAAAAGGCUAUUAGGGGCUUAGCGGCUUAGAAAAAGGGGGGGAAGCAAAAAAAAUCUCAAGACUCGCAAGACAUUUUCGUCUUGCGAAGCAAGCCCAUAGGGAAAUUCAUCCUGCGAAGCGCAUCGAAAAACGGAAAACCCUUUCGUCUAGCGGGUUUUUCGUCUUGCGAGGCAUUCGUCUUGCGGGGCACCACUGUAUAGCAACACCCUAGAGGUCCCGGGCCCUAAGGAAGUUAGAUUAGCCUCAACCAGAGCCAGGGCCUUUUCAACACUGGCUCCAGCCUGGUGGAACACUCUGUCUCUUGAGACCAGGGCACUGCAGGAUCUGAUUUCUUUCCGCAAGGCCUGUAAGACAGAGGUGUUCCACCUGACCUUUGGCUUAGAAUCACUUUGAUUCCCUCUCCCUCUUUAUUUUUCCUUUCUCCUCCUGUGAAGAGGCUGCAUCCUAAUGUUUUAAUGUUGUAUCUUAAUCUUUUAAAUUGUAUUUUAAUCAGCUUGUUUUUAUUACUGGUUGUUAGCCACCCUGAGCCCGGUCUUGGCUGGGGAGGGUGGGGUAUAAAUAAAUUGUUGUUGUUGUUGUUGAUAAUAAUAAUAAUAAUAAUAAUAAUAAUAAUAAUAAUAAUAUUUACCAGCCUAUACCUUCCUAAUACCUUCUGACUGAUUAUCUCAACUGUUUGACUGACUCCUCUUAACAGAUUCUCUCACAUCAGACUAGCCCAACCCACAGACCUAUCCUCCCUCUCUCUUCUCUAACUCCAGACUGACUUCUUAACAACUCAAACUCUAACUCCUCCCCUUGGGUUCCUAUAGGUUAGUCAUUUUACAAUUAGUUAACCCUUUUCUUAUGAACCCAGUAUGAUGUCACACACCUAGGAGGGCAAACGCCACACCACUAAACAGGAUACUUCGAUGGGAGAGGAAAUUUCCCAGUUUCUCCUCAAUCUGGUCUCUGCCAAUAACGCGCUGUCCUUUUCUUGCAGUAGCAACAUUUGUGAAAUGAUGGUUUCUCUCUCAGAAAGGCUCCAUGAAGCCCGCAGUAAACGUAAGUCAUGGGAUGAGCACCCGGGUGACAGGCAGUGUUGUCUGGCUAAAGGUGUUGUCCAAAAGGCUAACUGGAAUACAAGGCUUGUAGCACCCUGAAUAAGAGGAGGUAGAAUUAAGAUACAUCAGGGUCUUGGAUACCACACAUAAUUUCUUAGCAUAAAGUGAUUUUGGGUGGGUGGGAAGACACCGGGCCCUGGCCCUAGAGGAAUACAAAAAAAACCAGCACAGUUGGCAUUUUGCCACCCAUUUUGAAUCUUUUUUGGGUUGUGAGUCGCUUUGAGUUGCCUUGGGCAAGAGAAAGCAACCAACAAAUUCAGUGAAUGAUAAUAAUAAUUAAUAAUAUUUAGCUUGACCUUUUAAUACUUGAUUACUAUAUUAAAGUUGUAUUUAAUAUAUGGCGCUUAGGGUGGGGGGCAGGUAAUAAAUCAAACUUACAAAUGAUGGUAACUGGAGAUGUCAAGAGUUGAACUAGCUUUAAGAACAGUUUCAGGUUAAGAACGGACCUCCAGAACGUAUUAAGAUCUUAACCCGAGGUACCACUGUAAUAGUGCCAGAAGAGACAAGCCAGUGUCUUCACGGUGAAACAUGACACUGGAUAUAUGAAAACACUUGUGUAGAGUUCUGUGCUGCCAACUUCUCAUUUAAGCCAAGCUACCUCGCCCAUAUGUGCAGCUUUAGAAUGUGAGAGGUCCACGGUCCAUUUUGACAUCAUUUAGAUAUGCUAUGCUAUAAACACAGUGUGUCUAGUAUAAAUACAAAACUGCCUAGGCAGUGUUUCACAUGGCAUGCUAAGAUGUAUAAGACUGAAGCAGAUAAGUGCUGGAGAUGCAAUGAGGUACAGUGGUACCUCGCAAGAUGAAUGCCUCGCAAGACAAAAAACUCGCUAGACGAAAGGGUUUUUUGUUUUUUGAGCUGCUUCGCAAGACGAUUUUCGCUAUGGGCUUGCUUCGCAAGACGGAAACGUCUUGCAAGUUUGUUUCCUUUUUCUUAACACCGUUAAUACAGUUGCGACUUGAUCUCGAGGAGCAACUCAUAGAACGCGGUGUGGUAGCCUUUUUUGAGGUUUUUAAAGACUUUGGUGAUUUUUGAAGCUUUCCCAAAACUUUCCCGACACCGUGCUUCGCAAGACGAAAAAAAUCGCAAGACAAAACUCGCGGAACGAAUUAAUUUCGUCUUGCGAGGCACCACUGUAAAGGGUAUGUUCUUUCUUAUGUGGUGGACCUGUAAAAGACUACUGGGAAAUCAUUUAUAAUGAAUUGAAAAAGAUGUUUAAAAGCACUUUUCCAAAAAAACCCGAGUCCUUUCUGUUGGGGAUAAUUCCCAGGUGUCAAAAAAGUUAUUUAUGUAUGCCACUACUGCAGCCCGUGUUUUGUUAUCCCAAAAAGGGAAAACGAGCAAGGUCCCAACCAAAGAAGAAUGGCAACUGAAACUGAUAGAAUGUGCACAGCUUGUGGAUCUAACUUAUAGAAUAAGAGAACAAGAGGAACAUACUUUAAAAGAAGAUAGGAAAACAUAUAUUGAAUAUAUGGGGGAGUAUUGUGUACGUUUGAAAAUGUUGGUAGCAUUAAGAUAAACAGUGUAAAUAAGUUUUGAUGGAUGCAAUAAUGGAAUACUGAAUGGUUUAGUUGAUAUAAAAUAUGCAGGGAUUUAUGUUAUGCAAAAUGAACCAUGGAAAAAGAAGACAGGAAGUCACUGAUAUUUUAAGGUGGUUUAAAUGAAUAUUUUAUACAGUGGUACCUCUGGUUUUGUACUUAAUUUGUUCCGGAGGUCCAUUCUUAACCUGAAACUGUUCUUAACCUGAGGUACCACUUUAGCUAAUGGGGCCUCCCGCUGCUGCUGUGCCAUUUCUGUUCUCAUCCUGAAGCAGAGUUCUUAACCCGAGGUAUUAUUUCUGGGUUAGCAGAGUCUGUAACCUGAAGUGUCUGUAACCUGAGGUACCACUGUGUGGUAAAACAGAAAAUUUAAUAAAAAUAAAUAAUAAAGUGGUACAAAUUGUCUUGUUCUCUUUGAGUGGCAGGUAGAUGGGUCUGCUAGGGUCUUUUGCAUCUAAAGGUGUUGUGCAUCUUCCAGAAUACACCAUGCAGAGCAGGAGCCAUGUAAAAUCUGAAGCAACGGCCCAUGUUCGUGAAGAGGGAGCAAGUGUGUCUGAGGACAACAGGCUGUCGUGUUCCCCGGUCGAGGGAGCCCCGGCAGAGGUAUGGACUGGGAGGUUCAACUUUAGUGGCCUCUUCAGCUAACUCUGGUUGGUGGAUUUCCUUGUGAAAUUCUUUUUUUCCUGUCCGCCGUGCCAUCGCAGCUGAUGACUUCCCUAAAAACCGAGAGGGUUUGCUUUGCAGAGUGGGGUUGCAAUAAAUACAUGUUUGCUCCGUUGCUAGAACAUCUCUGGAUUGUGGGUUCAAGCCCCAGGUUGGGCAAAAGAUUCCUGCAUUGCAGGGGCUUGGACAAGAUGACCGUCGUUGUUCCUUACAACUCUACGAUUCAUUCUGUUUCUUCCUUGGCUUGACCAGGAAACACGUGGUGAUCCAGUGGAAGUGAUUCUGGAGAUGUUUCCAUCCUGCACGGUGAGCCAAGCCCAAAAGGCUCUAGGCAUGGCCUUGGGGAACCUGGAGGAAGCAGCACAGCUCAUCCUAGAGGAGAAGGUGCAACUCAACACCGUGGGUACAACCAUACAGGUAAUAAUAAUUUUAUUAUUCAUGCCCCACCCAUCUGACUGGGUUGCCUCAGCCUCUCUGGGCAGCUUCCAACACAUAUAAAAACAAAAUAAAACAUUACACAUCAAAAGUCUUCCCUAUACAGCGCUGCCUUCAGAUGUCUUCUAAAGCUUAUGUACUUACUCAUCUCCUUGACAUCUGAUGGGAGGGUGUUCCACAAGGCAGGUGCCACUACCGAGAAGGCUCUUUGCCUGGUUCCCUGCUGUAACCUCACCUCUCACAAUGAGGGAACUGCCACAAGGCCCUCAGAGCUGGACCUCAGUGUCUGGGCUGAACGAUGGGGGUGAAGACGCUCUUUCAGGUAUACUGGGCCAAGGCCAUUUAGGGCUUUAAAGGUCAGCUCCAGCACUGUAGGUCUUUCAGGACUGGUGUUAUAUGGUCCCAGUGGCCACUCCAUCACCAGUUACGUGCUGUGUUCUGCAUUAGUUGUAGUUUCCGAGUCACCCUGUAGCCCCACGUAGAGCACAUUGCAGUACAGUGGUACCCAGGGUUAAGUACUUAAUUCGUUCUGGAGGUCCGUUCUUAACCUGAAACUGUUCUUAACCUGAAGCACCACUUUAGCUAAUGGGGCCUCCUGCUGCCGCCGCGCCAGCAGAGCAUGAUUUCUGUUCUCAUCCUGAAGCAAAGUUCUUAACCCGAGGUACUAUUUCUGGGUUAGCGGAGUCUGUAACCUGAAACGUCUGUAACCUGAAGCAUACGUAACCCGAGGUACCACUGUAGUCCCAAGUGAGAGAGAAUCGGGUAUUGUCCCAUAGCUGUGCCAUGCCAGGAAGCAGACUGGGAGAAACCAGGUCAUUUUCAGCCAGGUGAAAGAGGAGUUUCUGGACUGAACUGUCAAGUAUUUCACCUGUGCUGGGAAUCAAAAUUCAAAUCGUAGCCUGUUAGAAAGUCUACGUUUCAGUACAGAAGCUGUGUGUGAUUCCGCUUUCUUUAUCAUUGGUGAACACAGGUUUCCUCCAUAAAACCUUUAAAAUAAGAGUGGGGAACCCUUUUCAGCUCUCAAGCUGCAUUCCUCCUUCCAGAGGUUGCACAGCAAGCAGAGUGACAGGUGCCAGUCUAUGCUGCGUGCCAGGAAAGCCAGAGGUUGCUAUGCAUGUGCGUAUAUCCAUCCGGGCAAACGAUGUCUUAUCACAUUUCAAAGGCUGUGUUGCAGCCAUGCAAACAUCACACAAGAACAGCACGGAGCAAGACUGGAGAGGGGCAUGGCCUAGGGAUGGUCCCAAGGGCCUGAGAGUGACGCCUGGGGGGCCACACUCAGCCUAUGAAACAAAGGUGUCCCAGCUCUGCUUUAAAAUGUUAAAGGUUUGAUUAGUUCAAGAUCUGUCGGUGUGUGCAGUUGGAGCCUUUCCAGCAUUUCCUAUUCUUUCAGGUUGAUCUUAGCCUUCCCACUCCUACAAUAUACCAUGUCCUUUUCCUACCUCUGUGUUAUGUUGUUGUUUAGUCGUUUAGUCGUGUCCGACUCUUCGUGACCCCAUGGACCAGAGCACGCCAGGAACUUCUGUCUUCCACUGCCUCCCGCAGUUUCCUCACACUCAUGCUGGUAGCUUUGAGAACACUGUCCAACCAUCUCGUCCUCUGUCGUCCGCUUCUCCUUGUGCCCUCCAUCUUUCCCAACAUCAGGGUCUUUUCCAGGGAGUCUUCUCUUCUCAUGAGGUGGCCAAAGUAUUGGAGCCUCAGCUUCAGGAUCUGUCCUUCCAGUGAGCACUCAGGGCUGAUUUCCUUCAGAAUGGAUACGUUUGAUCUUCUUGCAGUCCAUGGGACUCUCAAGAGUCUCCUCCAACACCAUAAUUCAAAAGCAUCAAUUCUUUGGCGAUCAGCCUUCUUUAUGGUCCAGCUCUCACUUCCAUACGUCACUACUGGGAAAACCAUAGCUUUUACUAUACGGACCUUUGUUGGCAAGGUGAUGUCUCUACCUCUGUGUUAUAAUCAAGCUUUAAACAGCCAUGCACGUAAUACAUUUAUUUUAGAACCUGGUGCAGGGGAUGGAUAGUUCUCUGAUGGACCUCAAAAACUUUAGAUCACACUCUUUUUUUCUUUUUCUUUUUGACAAGGCACCUUUCAGCUUUCCCUGCAUAACAGCAGUUAUGGAAACUGGUUGCUGGGAUCAUGAUGCUCACAAAUAUCCAGUAUUCUCUAAGUCUAAGCUGUAUUAAUACUCCCCAGGCAACAGCUGAAUGCGAGUCUCACCUUCUCGUAUUUCUGUUUCUGCGUUUCCUGUCCUGCUCUUUCCUUUCAGGAAGCUUCAAGAUCCCAGAAGACACCCAAGCAAGGCGAAUUAAAGCAAUUUAUCUUGGAGAAGUAAGUAACAAGCCACAAAAAUCAAUUCAGGAAGUGUGGUUCAAAGCGGUCAGGCUUGAUUUUGGCUUUCAGUCCAGCUCUAGAAAUAUGUGUGUGUCACCUGUAAUUGGGAAAGAGCUUCCUUGCAGUCAGCGUUGCCAGGGCUGUAGCCACCAGCAAGGGAUUAUAUAUGGGGUCUGCCCCAUAAAAGACAUUCCAGGCCUGUUCCCUGAAUGUUCAGCUUUCCAUCCGUAAAACAGUAGCAACAGUGAAUUAUCCCCCGGUGAAUGCAGUACCCCAAGCACAGAUGAUGAUGUGUCAAAUGCAAAUACUGAUUUAAAUAUACACAGAGCAUAAGUGCUAGUAUUAUUAGUGUACGUUAUUCUACUGCAGUUUAAUAUCGUUCAGCGGGGGGCACAGAUGCUAAGUCUCAUGUUACUAAAUAUUACUGCUAGGUGCGACCCUGAAGCGCAAGGCAACUCUGACAAUUUCUGGCUUUUUCGAUAUGAGCUCGGGACACCAAAAAUGAACAUCAGUGCCAAACAUCAGCUUUCACAGAACCGUAUAGUUGGAAGGGACCCUGACAAUCAUCUAGUCCAGGGGUCAGCAAACUUUUUCAGCAGGGGGCCUGUCCACUGUCCCUCAGACCUUGUGGGGGGUCCGGACUAUAUUCUGGGGACGGGAGAUGAAUGAAUACCUAUGCCCCACAAAUAACCCAGAGAUGCAUUUUAAAUAAAAGGGCACAUUCUACUCAUAUAAAAACUCGCUGAUUCCUGGACCGUCCGCGGGCCGGAUUGAGAAGGCGAUUUGGCCGCAUCCGGCCCCGGGCCUUAGGUUGCCUACCCAUGAUCUAGUCCAAACCCUUCCCCCCAUAGUAGUUGUAAUAAUAAUAAUAAUAAUUAAUUACUCAUACCCCACCCAUCUGGCCGGGCCUCCCCAGCCACACUCAGCGGCUUCCAACAGGAUAUUAAAAACACAAUAAAAAAUCAAACAUUAAAAACUUCCCUAAACAGGCCUGCCUUCAGAUGUCUUCUAAAAGUCAGACAGCUGUUUAUUUCCUUGACAUCUGGUGGGAGGGCGUUCCACAGGGUGGGCGCCACUGCCGCAAUGCAAGAAUAUACAGCUGUCCCAUACGGGGAUUGAACCUGCAGCUUUGGCAUUAUCAGCACCACACUCUAACCAGAUGAGCUAUCCAGGCUGAUUUAAAUAGGUAAAUUAACCAAUGGAUUUCAAACAAAAUCACUGUUCUAAGCAUCCUGGACUGUAUUAAAUGGGUCUCGGUCAAGAGAAAGGAGUUGGGUGUGUUCCCAAUUCCCUGUUGGGCUCUCUUUAUAGUGCAAGACGCACUGUAUUUCCGAUAUAUUGAAUUUCUGUGGCUGGAAAGAAAACUGAACAAUGUGAGAGUAUAAAACAGGUCCAGCUGUACUAUCAAGAAGAAGAUUACAUCUCUCUCUACAUUUGACCUUAGAUGAUCAAAAUACCAUAUUUUUCGCUCUAUAAGACGCACCAGACCACAAGACGCACCUAGUUUUCGGAGGAAAACAAGAAAAAAAAUAUUCUGAAUCUCAGAAGCCGGAACAGCAAGAGGGAUCGCUGCGCAGUGAAAGCAGCAAUCCCUCCUGCUGUUCUGGCUUCUGGGAUAGCUGCGCAGCCUGCAUUCGCUCCAUAAGACGCACACACAUUUCCCCUUACUUUUUAGGAGGGAAAAAGUGAGUCUUAUAGGGCAAAAAAUACGGUACUUAUUUCUGUACAGCAGGACCUAGUGGGGGAGACAACAGCAAAAAGGUAGUCACAAAGCUUUGCGGAGGCAUUUUUAUUUAAAAACCUAUAUGCUGUUUCAUCUGCAUCCUUACCACAGAAGAGUCAAUGGAAUCAGCACUACACAGCAGAACUGGCUGCUAAAUUUAAGUUGCACAUCUGUAGAUCGCACAUAUGGCUCUGCCAUGUGGGAAAGGGGGUGUCAUCUAUAUUACAAACUUUAAAACCAACAGGGUGGGAACUUUUCUCCAAAGGAAGAAGGGGAAACUUUCCACCGGCAAAGCAUUUUGCACUUUCCUAAAAGACCCACCUCUCGAGAGGGCUUUGUGCAUUUCUUGUGUGUUUUAGGUACAUGAUGGUAGAUAACGAAGAGGAUCAGAAAACACACAGGCCAGCACCCCCCAAAGAGGUAAGCAACACAAACGUAUGCAAGCCAAUAGCCGAAAUAGGGGAAAGAACAUUUAUAACCCAGCCUCACUGCUUUGUAUCAUUAUUUACAGUGGAUUGAGGUCGGGCAGACAAACUGUGGGCAUCUAACCUGGAACCAGCAAAAAGCAGACAAAUGGCUUUAGAGCAGAUUUGCCACUCAGAGCUAGGGGGGUGGACAACAGCUUAAAAAGUUGCAUCCACCCCCCAUCGCAACGUCUCUAGCACCAGACUAUUGCUACCCCCAUUUUACUGCCUUUGUGUUCACUUUUAGUAAACUGCAACAGAUGCCAACGUCAUCGGGGCUAUUUUAUGUACACACAGGACUUGGCAAUAGUAGAUUUCAGUAAGCAUUCAUCCGGGCACUGAGAUCAGAUAGUGCCAUGCUUUUCCAGAUAUACAAUUGCUUCAGAAAGGAAUCUUUGGGACAGGCACGUCUUGUAGGGGUCUUGCAAAUAAAUGGUAGGGAAAAAAUAUUUGCUCUGCAUGAGUUCCAUGAACUCAAGAGGCCAGGUUUCAUAUCACAGGGGGGGGGUUUUGGGGGGGGGUGGGAGGGGGCCCUAUGAAAAACAAAUAGUUGGAAGGGAAUCCAGUCCACAUAAUCCAACAUCCCUCAGUCUCUUCAAUUAAGUGAGAUCACAAGUUAGAUGUCCUCCAGAACUGUUCAUAAAAGCAAAUAACUUCAAGCAAAAGAAUCCAAUUACAUCCUGCAAUUACAUCCUCUUUUUAUGGUGAUUUGUCAGAGUGUAUCACUCAAGUACUGUCCCUACCCUUCUAGAAUACAGCAAGAUGUAUAGCUCUACAUCUUAAGUUACUGUAACCCCAAAGAGGAUGCCCCACUGCAAUGAAUUCCUAUCUAAACACAGCAGCCCUUUUGGAACGAGUCCUUUACGUGCAGUAUAGUAUUCCCCAAAGUAUAACUGAAGCACAUUUUCUGCACUGAAAUUGAAGACACUCCGCAUGGAGAGGCCAUUUCCCUAUGUAUGUCACUCUUCUGAGCACACGUUUUGUUUAAACAGCAGAUUCUGCUGCGUCUCUGUCUUGUAGGUCAUUAAAUAAUGCAACCACAGCCAAAUUCCCAGCAGAGGCCGUGUGUUCUGGUCUUUCCAGCUUCCAGUGAGUCAUGCAAAGAUGUAGCAGCCAGUCUCCACUGUGGAUGGGUCAUCUUGAGCUCCCAGGAGCCUUGCGUUAGUGCAGUAAUUUGUGCAAGAAAUUAACUAUUCCACCAACCAAUUCACAAAAAAACAGCCCAUUCAGACUGGAAAGCAACUCAGCUUCUGUUUUCGUCCUUUGCCCUUAGGCUCCCAAGAAGAUGAUUCGCUACAUUGACAAUCAGGUAGUAAGUACAAAAGGGGAACGAUACAAGGAUAUCAAGAAGGCAGAGAGUGAAGAAAUGAAGAGAACGUACAUCAGUCUCAAGCCAGCCAGGAAAUAUAAAUUCCACUAAGGGCCACUCAAGUCCAUCACAUGCCUUCUGCUUGGGUACUUGUUUUAGCCGUUUUCUCACCAUCUACCAGCCAAGAGCGAAGAAACCCUUCUGCCUAUUUAUCUGGGGGAUGAAAUUUAGAAUUAGAAGUUUGUGUUUACAUGCUUGAGAACUAACUCUCCGUAUACAGAAGCAGGGCCUAUGGUGACUGUAGGAGCUGCUGCUGCUCCUCCUGCUCUGUCCUUUUCCUUACAGGAGUUUACUACGCUAGUGUGCUGCUUGUGUUGUUUUAUGACAAGUCAUUUGAAAUUUGUGCAUAAUGUAUGAUCACGUUCGCCUAACACAGUAAAGCUAGCUUCCAUGACUGCUACCGAGUCAAAAAGUGUGCUUCCUUUUAGAAAGCUAUUUUCCGACUGGUUUCUAAAAGAUCGGCUCUAAGAAUUUCACUUGUUCAUCCAAUUCUCACCUUUCGCUGCUAGAAGGUGAGAAUCUAAUAAAUAUCCCCCCUUUAACCGCAUACACAGAAGAAGCUACAUGCACCAGCACAGGUGUGGUCCACAUUUGCCCUUAAAAGCAGGAGGGUAUCUGGAGAAUGCCACUCUUCUCAGCACUCUGGUACCAGCACUCCCCUAUCUACCCUGAAGCCUUUAAGGGCACAACAGUCUGUUGCACACCUGAAGGAUCUCUCCCCACUCUCUCUAGGAGGGUGAGGACUUCUCAAGCACUCAACUCAAAGCAGAAAGGAAGUCAUACUAAUAUUGCCAGCUGUCAACCUUACUCUCCAGUGAUUAUACAUUCUGCCCGCCCGCCCGCCCACCCACCCCAAAAUCCCUAUUUAUCUUUGGAGGUCCACAUGAAGUGCAGUUGGGUAAAAUGGGUUCAACAUCAAUGCAACUGCCUUUCAGCAGUCACUGCCCAAAGCAGCAAGCCCAAAAUCCAACUCUAGAAUAUCCUUGAACGUACAUGCUAUGUAUCUGUUAGCCAGGAUGCAUCAAAACACAUCCUUGCUGUCCAUUGUGAUGCAAGUGGGUUUGUUUUUCUAAUGCGCGUACAGGUUCCCAACAAGGUAUUGGUAGCUCAGAACCAGCCCGGCUUGAAGGGAUGAGACGUAAACCCUCUCUGCCUCUUGAGCUCCUCAGCAGCAGUAUCCGACAGGUCUUCCUGCAGGCGGCCACCAGGGACCACUGGACAGUGUCUUGCCUUCAUUAGAUCUGAAGAUUGAUAAAAGGGGCAAA